AUGAAGAAGAUGAGCAGAGCUCUGUCGGAGACUGAUCUCCGGGAGCAUGCGGUGUUGAAAAAGAUAACAUUAGGGAGGAACCUUACUAGGCUGCCUUCAAUUUCGGUGGAAGAAGAGGAAGAACAAGAGGUGGGAAUCAAGUCAAGGGCUUCGUCUUUGGAGCGGCUGCUUUCGAGCUCUAGUUUGGGGGAAGCUACGGAAGCCAUGGAUGAGGGGUGUGCUGUUGGGGUGAAGGAUAAUGGGUUGGCAACUCUUCCUGUGGGCGGUGGAGUUGGGAGUGAUUGUGGCCGGAUAUGUGGUGGUGGAGGAGGAGGAGGAGGAUCAAAUGGUGGAGACGGUGAAAGGGGUUCUGGGUUUUCAAAUUCGAAUUAUGGGAAUGAUUGCACAAAUGUUCGGGGUGAUCUAGCUAAAGCCGAAGAGUACUGUGGGAGAGCAAUCCUAGCAAACCCAUCAGACCAAAAUGUUGUCACUCUGUGCAGAACUGAUAUGGGAAACUCAAAGAGACUCUUGUCGGAGAAUUUGUUACCGGAGAGAACAAGCCUAUUUUGGUGA